UCGUCUCUCCCGUCUCAGCAUUUAUAUAUUAUACACAAUGAAAAACAUUUUCCCCAAUAAAAGCUAUUGAAAAAGAGAAAAUCACUCCUAUACACAAAAGAAAAAGGAAGGGAAAAAAAAAAAGGAGAAUUGAGAAAUUUCCGUUCGAUUCAAAGCAAAAAGAGAAAGGGUGAGUUUGGAGCAAUUGAUUUUCACGUAUGUAAUGCAUCAGAAGAAAUCGGAAGUUCAGAUCGGAAAAGAAAGUAGCGGCGUCUCUUCCGAUUUUAAUCCCAAACCGUCCACUGUUCUUCAUCAUCAACAUCUGCCACUUCAUCAUCACCAACAACAUUUUAAUUACCAUCAUCGUUUACAACAGCAAUCUGAUACAACGGCAGCGGCGGUAACGACCACAACUGCUACGAGGACGACGCCGCUUUCUGUUUUCCCUCAGAUAAUUACCCAGAACCCUCCUGAAAAUGACGCAGUUGCGCAUACUCCUCCGUCUUCUUCUUCUCCGACGCCUUACAAGAGACCCCUUUUGACCCAAACGCGUUCUCUGACCAAAUCCCCAACUUUGUACCGUUUUACCACUCCCCCUCAUUUCAAUUCCCAAAACACCACUUCCUUGUUUUCCUUUUCCGUUGCUGCUAAAUCCUCCGUUUAUCGAAUUCUCCGCCGUUUCAAGCACCUGCGUCGUCUCCGAGUUCACCUGCGUUUAAUCCUCCUUUUAUCUCUCCCUUUUUUCUACUUCUUAGUUUCACAUCCAAGCCACUCCUUUUUGCUCGAUUUCCUCUCCGCUUUUGCUUUCUCUGCUGCCCUUCUUUUUUCCCUUAAUCUCGCCGUCCCUCGCCUCCCUUCUAUUCGCUUGUUCUUAGCCCGUUCGUUUCCAAUUAAUCUCAAGUCAUCAUCUUCACUGUCAAGGUCGCAUUUACCUGUGUUUUGGUCAAUUGGGUCUUGGCCGAAAUCGGAAAAUAGAACGAAUUCGGGCUGUUGGGUUCAAGUUUAUAGCAACGGAGACGUUUAUGAAGGGGAAUUUCAUAAAGGGAAGUGUUCAGGGAGCGGCGUUUAUUACUAUUAUAUGAGUGGACGAUACGAGGGGGAUUGGGUGGAUGGGAAGUAUGAUGGCUAUGGGGUGGAAACUUGGGCAAGAGGAAGCCGGUAUCGUGGCCAGUAUAGGCAGGGUCUUAGGCAUGGAUUUGGGGUUUAUAGGUUCUAUACUGGGGAUGUUUAUGCAGGGGAGUGGUCUAAUGGGCAGGGUCAUGGCUGUGGAAUUCAUACCUGUGAGGAUGGAAGUCGAUAUGUUGGGGAAUUCAAAUGGGGAGUCAAGCAUGGACUUGGACAUUAUCAUUUUAGGAAUGGAGAUACAUAUGCUGGGGAAUAUUUUGCAGACAAGAUGCAUGGAUUUGGUGUCUAUCAAUUUGCAAAUGGCCAACGGUAUGAGGGUGCUUGGCAUGAGGGUAGACGAGAAGGACUUGGAAUGUAUACGUUUAGAAAUGGAGAAACACAAUCAGGUCAUUGGCAAAAUGGAAUUCUUGAUGUCCCAAGCACACAGAACAUUACAUAUCCUGUAUCUCCUGUAGCUGUUUAUCAUUCUAAAGUACUAAAUGCGGUGCAGGAGGCUCGAAGGGCAGCAGAGAAAGCUUAUGAUGUGGCCAAGGUAGAUGAGAGAGUGAAAAAAGCAGUAGCUGCAGCUAAUAGAGCAGCCAAUGCAGCAAGAGUAAUAGCAGUUAAAGCAGUCCAAAAGCAAAUGCAUCACAAUAACAAUGACAACAUUCCUAUUCCCAUUGUGGACUUCUGACAACGGCUCAUAAUCCUUUGAAAAUACAUGAGAAAGUGGCAGGAGGAUGAUGGCUUAUGUGACUUUCUUUUCAAAUAUUAAACAUAGUGUCAUCUUUUUACAGUCCUCGUUCUUUCAUCAAGAGGCUGUUAUUUAACCUGCCUGCAUAUUCGAUGCCUGAAAUGGAGGACGGCUGAGAGAAUAUUCAAUCCUUUUAACAUAAAAUGCAAGUUUACAUGCUGGGAAGAAAUUCCCGGCAUAGAAGAGGGGUGGAGAAAGAGGGAGAUUUGAUGAUGGUGAUGGCACCCAUUUUCUAAUUAAUUUGAAAUUAAUUUUAGCUUUCCUAUCUUGGUACAGUUUUGUAAAGAUGAGCUUUAGAUGUAAUACAAAGUGCUGGUGGGCAGGUGAAACCUCAUCCAGUCUAUGUUGUAUAUCAACUUUGAUUGGUUUUUGCAAUGAAGAAAUCACGCAUGUCUUGAGUUAUUUUUUUA